AUGUCUAUGGCGAAACAAGUCGCGGCGAGCUCUUCUCCAGCAGCUUCACCGGCGUCUGCACCUGCUUCAAGCAAAUCAUCCAAGAAGAAACGCGGCCAGGAAACCGUGUCAGCAACGAGGUUAAAGGUCAUCGUGCGGCGCUUGCCACCAAACUUGCCCGAAGCGGUCUUCUGGAAGAGUGUUGAACCAUGGGUCAAUGAGGAAAACACUACUUGGAGGAUAUUCUAUUCCGGAAAGAUCAAGCCGAAGCUGGAAAACGAGAACGUCCCAUCUCGAGCUUAUAUUAUGUUCAAGACGCCAGAACAAGUCGCCCAAUUUAGUAGUGCAUACAAUGGACAUGCUUUUAGGGACAAGCAGGGACGCGAGUCGCAGGCCGUUGUCGAAUUUGCGCCGUACCAGAAAGUACCUAUCACAAAUGUCAAACCUGAUGUGCGGCAGGGUACCAUUGAUCAAGAUCCAGAUUUCAUGUCUUUCAUGACCAACCUCAAUGCGCCUGUCGAAUACGAAUCAUUAGCCAGUUUAGAGAAGGGCGUUUCUCAGGCCCCAGCGCUAGAACCUGUGAUUGCUCCCUUGAUCGAGGCGCUGAUACAGCAGAAGAAAGCGACCAAGGGAGCGAAGGCGGCGGCGAAAGCAGCCGCAGCCCAAGCGCCAACCGUCGCAAGCCGUCAAGCGGCAGCCGUCGCCUCUCAACAAGCGGCGAUGCAGGCUGCCGCAGAGGAGAAAGCGGUUUACUCCCGUAAGCUACCUGGCGAGGCCGGUCCCUCAGUCGAACCACCACCUCCCAAGCCAAAGAAAGGCAAGCAGGCCUCGGAACCUCAGCCCACCGGCGAUGACACCGCACGAAAGCGACCUGUAGUAGGCGCAAACCGACAGUUUGACGCCGCUUUGGGUGCAGCAACAGGCGGUCGUGCGCAGCCAAGGACCCAGGAAAAACCCUCUGCUGCGACUCAAGCCUCUACAGCCGCAAGUACUCCCGCUCAGCCGGCAGCUCAACCCGCCCCGGGCAAGGGCAAGACAAGACGAGGUAAAGGCGGUGGGCAAGCGCCCCAAGCAACUGGAGGACCGUCUCAAUCUCAAGGUGCCCCUCAAAGUCGCGCGGAUGCUGGACAGGGAGGUCGUGGUCGUGGGCGCGGGCGCGGGGCUCCGCCGCCGCCUCAAGUUCAGCCUGGUAUGAUCCAGAUCGCCAGUCGACCAGCCGCGAAUGCACCUAUCUCGAGGAUCGAUAUGCAGCCGCCAAAUCAGGUCAUAUACAGCUCCACUCCGGGGGAGGGUGCAGGUGGUGAUGGAAGGCCUGUAAGGAAUGCUGUCGCAGCCCAGAUGAUCGACAAGUUGAGGACGGGAGGCGGAGGACGUGGAAGGGGACGCGGUUCUCCAGGUCGAGGUGGUGCUUCUGGCGCUCUACCUGGCUGA